CUCGUUUUUUCUGAUCUACUGGUUAGGGUUUUUGCCUCCAUCGCUCAGAGAGAGAGCAAAGAUGAAGACAAUUCUUUCAUCGGACUCCAUGGAUAUCCCCGACGGCGUGAAGGUUAAGGUGAAAGCCAAAGUGAUCGAGGUGGAAGGCCCCAGGGGAAAACUCUCCCGCAAUUUCAAACAUCUCAACCUCGAUUUCCAGCUCACCACUGACGACACUACCGGAAAGAAGAAGCUCAAAAUCGACGCCUGGUUCGGCAGCCGAAAAACCACCGCCGCCAUCCGCACCGCGCUCAGCCAUGUCCAGAAUUUGAUCAACGGCGUUACCCAAGGUUACCGCUACAAGAUGCGAUUUGUCUACGCUCACUUCCCAAUCAACGCAUCCAUAACUGGCAGCGGCUCUGCUAUUGAAAUCCGGAAUUUCCUUGGCGAGAAGAAGGUUAGGAAGGUUGAUAUGCUUGAUGGGGUUUCCAUUGUGCGGUCUGAGAAGGUCAAGGAUGAACUUGUUUUGGAGGGCAAUGACAUCGAGCUCGUGUCUAGAUCAUGUGCUUUGAUCAACCAGAAAUGCCAUGUGAAGAACAAGGAUAUCCGAAAGUUCCUCGACGGUAUCUAUGUGAGCGAGAAGGGGGCCAUUGCUGUGGAGGAAAAUUAGGUGAAUUGUGAUUUUGGUUUUUGACACAUUCUUUUUUCUAGCCACUCCUGUUUUCGGAGUCCAUGUAGGCAUUAUACGAAUUUAUUUAUCAGUUCUUGUUUGGUUUGUGCUUGUAGUAGUGGCAGUUACACUGGAUCUCUUUGUGUUUUCAAUUUUUGGGUAUAGAAGACACAUAUUGUUGUGGUA